UACCGUUCGCUAUUCUCCAAUUCUCCACGAAAUCUCUUUCAAGCACAUCUUUCUGUGUUCGUCUAUUGCCCGUCCUGUUCGCAAACAGCCCUUCAUGAAAAAAAUUUGUUUUUAUAUAUAUUUGUUUCUCUGGUUUUCCAUCACAAUCAUCACAAUUAUCUCUUUGCUCUCAAUAUCUAUAUAUCCUUAUAAAUAUAUAUCUAAUCGAUAUCUGCUUUCCUUUAAUAGUUCCAAAUCUAUUUCACAUCACAAUUUCCACCGAUAUUCCUUCCUCAUUCUGCCCCAUUUCUCCUUUUUUUGAUUAUCGUAUCCUAUAAUUACACAAUCACCAUAUAUUCCUCACAAUCCUCUCUUUAUCAAUUCUUCUUCAAUGAAAUUUACUCAUAUUUUUUACUUCA